AUGACACCGAACACAUCGUGGUUGUUUCCGCCAGCGCUCAAUACGACCUUUGUGAACGCCUUCAAUGCCGAGCACGAGCUAUCCGACAACAGCACUGAAGAUAAGGGAGUAUACUUGCUACUACUCGCUGCUGUACAUAACCUUACGUUGCAAGAACGUGUAGGCUCUGGAUUUCAAGACGAAGGCUGGGGUGAGAAGGACGCUGUUGUCAGCGUGGGAGACAACACUGAGGCCAACAAUAUCCAAUAUUACACUAAGAAGAACGGUCCCUUUACCAGCCUGUAUCUGGUGCUACCGGAGCUUGGCCAAUACUCCAGCCUCCCAAAGGAGGCAUGCGGUCUCUGCAUCCUCGCCCUCCCAAAUUCGGAGAACCCGUCCGUCUUUGACGAUUACUCGGUACCAUUUCCUGUGCUCGAGCAGCAAGCCGUCCAGCCCAAAGUUUUUAACACGACUAAUCCGACCGGCGUUACUGUAUCGCGUCCAUCGCCCCAGGUGUCGCCAUCUCCUCCUCCCGAGCCAUCUCUAGGAUCACUGACGCAAGGCGAUAGUCGGAGUAAUACUAAUUUGAUUGUCGGCGUUGUGGUCGGCGUUCUGGCUGCGGCAUCAGUACUUAUGGGAUUGAUCAUUUGGCUGUGGACAAGGAGGAAGAACUACAAGAACCCUUACAGACCCUCGGCCGCUGUAACGCCAGUCGCACCGGAGCAUAGAGAUCCUGCACCACGAAGUGUUCCGCUACAGCAGGUGCCGGCCGUGGUGCGCAGGCCAGACAGCAGUGCUAGCGAAGUGCCGCCGGCUUAUCAUGAAGUCGUCCGUGCAAAGGAAACGGAACCUUAG